ACGUCAGUCGGUGCGCAACACUUUAGCGAUUGACAUGUCGACUCUGGUUCUGGUCUGUGUCCUGCUACUCGGUCUAGCCGGUGGCGGGUCCACGCAGGAUAUUGUGUUUCCAGAUCUGAAGGAACUGGCCAUCGGUGAUCCGUGCACCAUCGAGCCAUCCUUAAAGGGCGCUCCGUUCGUUCAGCAUGGCAUUUGCAGGCGUGUUCGAGAAUGUCCCACGUUCAUUCCGCGCAUCAUCCGGCACCCGUUCGACAUUCGCCGGGAUAUCUGCUACUUCGAGGUGCACGAGCCUGUGGUGUGUUGUACGAGGACCGUGGAAGUUUAUGAGCAGGAUCAAUACAACGUGAUCGAUUAUGACGGCCUAAUCGCAUAAGUUUCUUGCAAUGAGCAUUAAAAUCGACACAGCGAGCCCGAUAUCGCAGACCCAAUACAAUAAGUGUGCACAGUCCAUAAGCGUGAAAUUUCAACAUAAGUCAAAACGUUGAUUGCAUAAUGUAACAGCCCAAUGAAAUAUACUUCACUUACUCAGCCAUGAAAUAUGAUGUUAUCAACUGUUCUUCAAAUGUGUUUGUCAAACGUAGGAAUAAUACACUCGAAGUCGAAGUCUUUCGAGUCGUACAAGCUAUUUAUAAGACACAAUGAACUGCCAGUUGGAACUUACGACGAUGUGAUGCAUUCGACGUGACCGCAUGAUGAAUUCUACAACGUUGACGUACUGUGCCUAUAGCAAGGUGAUGCACAAUAGUAGUUUCAAAUAAACAGAUACG